AUGGAUUUUGGGCCACUAACCAGUCUGCUGCAUAUUUGCAUCGGCAAACGCUGUCGCAUUGGCGCGUUCACCACGGUCGGGGAGGGCGUGGUCAUCGGGGACGACACCACUAUUGGCGCCAACGUGACGCUGCAGAACUGCACCAUUGGCAGCAAAGUGGUGGUUCACCCGGGCGUUCGCAUCGGUCAGGACGGCUUCGGGUUCAUGCUGGACGCCAGUGGCGAGCACGCCAAGAAGCCCCAGGAGCUGAGCGUUGAGAUUCACGACCACGUCGAAAUCGGUGCGAACUGCGCGGUUGAUCGCGGGAGCUGGCGCAACACGGUGAUCGGCAAAGGCUGCAAGCUCGACAACCUGAUUCAAAUCGGCCACAAUGUCCAGCUCGGAACAGGCUGCGUCAUUGCGGCCCAGACGGGCAUCGCUGGUAGCACCACGCUGGGCAACAACGUCUACAUUGGCGGACAGGUUGGCGUGGCGCAGCACCUCCAGAUCGGCGACAACGUUCGUAUCGCUGCGAAGAGCGGCGUGAUGAACCACCUCAAGUCGGACGCCACCUAUGGCGGGAGCCCGGCCGUUCCUAUCAUGGAGUAUCGCCGGCAAAUGGCCUACUUGAGACACCUCGGCAAGAAGCCUGUCGACUAG